AUGAACUGGCGCAUAGCUGCUCUGGUGCUUCUUCACUCCACAACUUGGAAUGUGCCAGUGCUCGCAGUUCAAAAAGAUGGCUUAACUAUACCCAGUUCCGCAGCAGCAUCUAGGGACGCGGUGAGGGAUAUCUUUGUCAAGAGUUAUGAUGCGUACAAGCAAUAUGCUUGGGGCCACGAUGAUCUGAUGCCGGAGAGUAAAUCGUUCUAUGAUGGGAGAAAUGGUUGGGGUUCAUCUAUUGUCGACGCCUUGGGAACUAUGAGGUACGGAGGUACCACGUACUACUGUCUCGUCCUUAUACUACUCCAGGACCUCCUCGACGAGGCCAUAGAAUAUAUCGGCACAGUCGAUUUCAGCGUGUCAAAGACAUCAUCACAUGUUAGCGUGUUCGAGACCACGAUUCGGUAUCUAGGCGGAUUGCUCAGUGUAUACGAACUCCGAGGCAAUAAGGAUAAUAUUCUUCUCCAAAAGGCACAGGAGAUCGCCGAUAAACUUGCUUUUGCGUGGGUCGGGGAUAAUGAUCUCCCGUUCGGAUGGAUAGACUUUUCGAAUGACAAACCAGAUAUUGCCACAUCAAACAUUGCAGAGGCUGGGACGCUGAUUAUGGAAUGGGCUACUCUUAGCAAACAUACCGGGAACAGCACUUAUCAAGAACUCGCGGAAAAAGCCUUCAGGCACAUAGCAACCUUGGUAGGUCUUGCUGCUCAGAGCAUUAAUCCUUCAACUGGAAAUUUUGUUGGUGGUUAUGUUGCAUGGGGCGGCGGGUCGGACAGCUACUUCGAGUAUCUGCUCAAGUAUCCGGUGCUUGUCGGUCUCGAUGAUCCUUUGUAUAUCGAUACGUGGAGGACGGCCGUUGAUUCUUCGAUCAAGUAUCUUCUAAGGUACCGCUAUAUCAGCUCACAUCUUACCUGUUUCCACGCUGGUAAUUGGCUCUAUGGUGGCACUCUACUCGGUAAUGACACCAUUGUCGCCAUGGCUCUGGGUCUGAUGGAGGGAUGUUGGAACAGUUAUGCAGGAACUGCUACAGGAAUUGGUCCCGAAUCCUUCGCGUAUAUGGCCUCGGAUGGGAACUAUACGGGUGCCACUACUCCUUCGGCGGACCAGCUUACAUUCUAUGAGGAGCAUGGGUACUACAUCACCUCAUCGUACUAUAUCCUCCGACCAGAGGUCCUCGAGUCGAAUUUUUAUGCUGCAGUGAAUAGCUUCAAAAAGUUCCUACCAGGUGCUGUUGUGUUCGAUGGCAUCUACGAUGUAAACAAUGUCACCUCCGCGAAGGUUGAUGACAUGGAGAGUUUCUGGUUCGCAGAGGUGUUGAAAUAUCUGUACCUGACUUUUGACGACCCGGAGAACAUCAACAUCGAUGACUAUAUCUUUAAUACUGAGGCUCACCCUCUAAAAGCCUCAGAGCCGCUCGCGCAGUAUGGAAGUGGUGCACUGGUGCCCAAUAAACCUUUCAAGACUGAGAGCGGUCCCCCGGCGGCUGUCAGCCCGACCUCGUAUGAUCAUUCAAAAACACACUCUCCCAAACUGCCACGUCGUUGA